AUGACCACCUAUCGGCCCCUUCCCAGCGAUGGUGUGGACCUGGCAGCCAGCUGUGGAGCCAGGGGGUCUGACGUCCUCCCUGGGCCACACACAGGAGACUAUGCUCCCAUGGGAUUCUGGGCCCAGAAUGGCAGUAUGUCCCAGCCUCUUGGUGAGAGCCCGGCCACCGCCACCACCCGCCCCAGCCCCACCACCCCGGCAAUGCCCAAGAUGGGCGUGCGUGCCAGAGUGGCGGACUGGCCGCCCAAACGGGAGACCCUGAGAGAGCAAAGCAACCCAAGCCCCUCCCAGGACACAGAUGGCACCAAGGUCCCCAAAGCGGCCCAUUCCGUGAGGAGCAUCCAGAAUGGCCAGCCCCCCACCAGCACCCUGGCCUCGGGGUCCAAAGCCUUCCACCGACUCUCCAGAAGAAGGUCCAAAGACGUGGAAUUCCAGGAUGGGUGGCCGCGGUCCCCUGGCAGGGCCUUCCUGCCCCUGCGGCACCGCAGCAGCAGUGAGAUUACCCUCAGUGAGUGUGAUGUCGAGGACCCCGGGGAGCCCCGGGGGCCCAGGCACCCGGGAGCUUUGCCCCUGUUCCGUGAGUAUGGGAGCACCUCCUCCAUCGACGUGCAGGGUGUACCUGAGCAGAGCUUCUUUGACAUUCUCAACGAGUUCCGCAGCGAGCAGCCUGAGGCCCGGGGCUCCCAGACCCUCACCGAGCUCCUCCAGGCAGAUCCUGGCCCACACCUCAUGGGGGGUGGCAGUGGAGCCAAGGGAGACCCCCGCAAUGGGCAGCCCGCCAAGGACAAUCUGCUACCACUGCAGCCCAUGAAGGAGAAGGAGAAGACCCGGAAGAAACCCGUGCGGGGCCUUGGCAGUGGGGACACCGUGGACUCGUCCAUCUUCCGGAAGCUGAGGAGCAGUAAAGCGGAUGGCGAGGCUGGGCGGCCCCCCGGGGAGGCUGAAGAGGGCCGGAGCCCCCCAGAAGCCAGCAGGCCGUGGAUCUGUCAGAAGAGCUUCGCCCACUUUGACGUGCAGAGCAUGCUGUUUGACCUCAAUGAGGCGGCUGCCAACAGGGUGUCCGUGGCCCAGCGACGGAACACCACCACGGGCGCCUCGGCCGCCUCGGCCAUGGCCUCCCUCACGGCGUCCCGGACCCACGGCCUGGGGGGCCUGGACCCGGCCUUCGCCAGCACGGAGGAUCUGAACUGCAAGGAGAACCUGGAGCAGGACCUCGGCGACGACAACAGCAACGAUCUGCUGCUCAGCUGCCCGCACUUCCGCAACGAGAUCGGGGGCGAGUGUGAGCGCGACGUGAGCUUCUCCCGGGCUUCGGUGGGCUCCCCGAGCGGGGGCGAGGGCCGCCUGGUGGAGCCAGCCCUGAGCGCUUACCGCACCAACGCCAGCAUCUCGGUGCUGGAGGUGCCCAAGGAGCAGCAGAGGACGCAGAGUCGGCCCCGGCAGUACAGCAUCGAGCACGUGGACCUGGGCGCCCGCUACUACCAGGACUACUUCGUGGGCAAAGAACAUGCCAAUUACUUUGGUGUGGAUGAGAAGCUGGGGCCAGUGGCUGUGAGCAUCAAGCGGGAAAAGCUGGAAGACCACAAGGACCAUGGACCUCAGUACCAGUACAGGAUCAUCUUCCGGACCCGAGAGCUCAUCACCCUGCGGGGCUCCAUCCUGGAAGAUGCCACGCCCACAGCCACCAAGCACGGGACCGGGCGGGGUCUGCCCCUGAAGGACGCCCUGGAGUAUGUCAUCCCCGAGCUCAACAUCCACUGCCUGCGUCUGGCCCUCAACACUCCCAAGGUCACAGAGCAGCUGCUGAAACUCGAUGAGCAAGGGCUGUGCCGGAAACACAAGGUGGGCAUCCUCUACUGCAAGACAGGCCAGAGCUCGGAAGAGGAGAUGUACAACAAUGAGGAGGCGGGCCCGGCCUUUGAGGAAUUCCUCUCCCUCGUGGGCGAGAAGGUCUGCCUGAAGGGCUUCACCAAGUAUGCCGCCCAGCUGGAUGUCAAGACCGACUCCACGGGAACUCAUUCCCUCUACACAACGUACCAGGACUACGAGAUCAUGUUCCAUGUCUCCACCCUGCUCCCUUACACCCCCAACAACAGGCAGCAGCUACUGAGGAAGAGGCACAUCGGGAAUGACAUUGUGACGAUCAUCUUCCAGGAGCCCGGAGCACUGCCAUUCACCCCCAAGAACAUCCGCUCACACUUCCAGCAUGUCUUCAUCAUUGUCCGAGUCCACAACCCCUGCACUGACAACGUCUGCUACAGUAUGGCCGUGACCCGAUCCAAAGAUGCUCCUCCUUUCGGCCCUCCCAUCCCCAGUGGAACCACCUUCCGCAAAUCCGACGUCUUCAGAGACUUCUUGUUAGCCAAGGUGAUUAAUGCUGAGAACGCCGCGCACAAAUCCGACAAGUUCCACACCAUGGCCACCAGAACCCGCCAGGAGUACCUCAAGGACUUGGCUGAAAACUGUGUCUCCAACACACCCAUCGACUCCACUGGCAAAUUCAACCUCAUCUCCCUGACCUCCAAGAAGAAGGAGAAGACAAAAGCACGGGCAGGUGCAGAGCAGCACAGCGCUGGGGCUAUUGCCUGGAGAGUAUCAGCUCAGGACUACGCCCAGGGGGUAGAAAUCGACUGCAUUCUGGGAAUUUCCAAUGAGUUUGUGGUGCUUCUGGACCUACGCACCAAGGAGGUGGUGUUCAACUGCUAUUGCGGGGAUGUCAUUGGCUGGACUCCAGACUCCUCAACACUCAAAAUCUUCUAUGGGCGAGGGGACCACAUCUUCCUGCAAGCCGCAGAGGGCUCCAUGGAGGAUGUAAGGGAAAUCGUGCAGAGGCUGAAGGUGAUGACCAAUGGCUGGGAGACAGUGGACAUGACCCUGCGGCGGAACGGUCUUGGGCAGCUGGGCUUCCACGUGAAGUACGAUGGCACAGUGGCCGAGGUGGAGGACUAUGGCUUCGCCUGGCAGGCCGGCCUCCGGCAAGGCAGCCGACUGGUGGAGAUCUGCAAGGUGGCAGUGGUCACACUGACCCACGACCAGAUGAUCGACCUGCUGCGCACCUCCGUCACCGUGAAGGUAGUCAUCAUCCCGCCUUUUGACGAUGGCACACCCCGGAGGGGGUGGCCGGAAACCUAUGACAUGAAUCCCUCUGAGCCCAAGACGGAGCAGGAAAGCAUCACUCCUGGGGGCCGGCCCCCCUACCGCAGCAAUGCGCCCUGGCAGUGGAGCGGCCCAGCAUCUCAUAACUCCCUCCCAGCCUCCAAGUGGGCCCCUCCCACCACCUCUGGCCAUGCCCAGUCCCUGAGCCGGCCCCCGAAGCAGACCCCUAUGGUCCCCUUCCGGGAGUCCCAGCCACUGCACAGCAAGAGACCUGUCAGCUUCCCAGAAACGCCUUACACCGCAUCACCAGCAGGGGCCGACAGAGUCCCUCCCUACCGACAGCCUUCUGGGAGCUUCUCCACCCCCAGCUCGGCCACCUACGCGAGAUACAAGCCAUCCCCAGAAAGGUACACGGCCACCCCACACCCACUGCUGUCGUUUGAUCCCCACUUCAGCCACGAUGGGACGUCCAGCGGCGACUCCUCCUCAGGCGGCCUGACCAGCCAGGAGAGCACCAUGGAGCGCCAGAAGCCAGAGCCUUUGUGGCAUGUGCCUGCCCAGGCCAGGCUCUCAGCCAUGACGGGAAGCAGCAGCAGUGGGACCAAGCACACCUCCAGGCAGGAUGCAGCAGGCAAAGAUUCCCCCAACAGGCAUUCCAAAGGAGAACCUCAGUACUCGAGUCAUUCCAGCAGCAAUACCCUCUCCAGCAACGCAUCCAGCAGCCACAGCGACGAUCGCUGGUUCGACCCCCUGGACCCCCUGGAACCAGAGCAAGACCCCCUCUCCAAGGGCGGCUCCAGUGACAGCGGCAUCGACACCACCCUCUACACUUCCAGCCCCAGCUGUAUGUCCCUCGCCAAGGCUCCUCGGCCCGCCAAGUCACACAAGCCCCCAGGAAGCAUGGGCCUUUGUGGCGGAGGGCGCGAGGCUGCUGGGCGGCCCCACCACACAGACCGGCGGCGGGAGGUGUCCCCCGCCCCAGUGGUUGCUGGCCAGAGCAAGGCCUACCGACCGAAGCUGUAUUCCUCAGGCUCCAGCACUCCUACAGGCCUGGCCGGGGGCAGCCGAGACCCGCCAAGGCAGCCCAGUGACAUGAGCUCAAGGGCUGGCUACCCUGCUCAGGUUUACAAAACUGCCAGCGCAGAGACUACGCGGCCCUCCCAGCUGGCCCAGCCCAGCCCCUUCCAGCUCUCCGCCUCCGUCCCCAAGUCCUUCUUCUCCAAGCAGCCUGUGCGCAAUAAGCACCCAACAGGAUGGAAGAGAACGGAGGAGCCCCCACCACGGCCGCUCCCUUUCACUGACCCAAAGAAGCAGGUGGACACCAACACAAAAAAUGUCUUUGGGCAGCCGCGGUUGAGGGCAUCCCUCCGAGACCUCCGGUCACCACGGAAGAACUAUAAAUCCAGCAUCGAGGACGACCUGAAGAAGCUCAUCAUCAUGGACAACCUGGGACCAGAGCAGGAGAGAGACACGGGACAGUCACCCCAGAAGAGCCUGCAGAGGACGCUGUCGGACGAGAGCCUGUGCAGUGGGCGCCGGGAGCCCAGCUUCGCCAGCCCCGUCGGCCUGGAGCCCGGCCUGCCCAGCGAUGUGCUCUUCACCAGCACCUGCGCCUUCCCCUCUAGCACGCUGCCCGCCCGCCGCCAGCACCCGCACCCCCACCCGCCUCCCUCUUGUGGGUCACUCUUGCUUAUCCGCAGUGCUGGGCUCAACCACUGCUCUCUCCUCGAUGGCUCCCCGAAGUCCCAGACUCAGCAGCCCCCACCUCUUGCCUCAGAGCCCCCUAGCUCCCCUCUGGUGCCCUCUGUCCGCGCAUGUUCUGGACGCCGGCUAUCCUCUUGCACCCCCCCCCAGCUGAAGAGACGCCCUUGGCCAGGCCUGGCUUCACUAGCCAAGUGCCCCCAGGCCCAGGUGCUUGUUACCGAUGUCACUGAUGACUCACUCUGCCAUAGCAGCUGCUCUCUCAGCUCCACCAGCCAGCUAGGAGGCUGGAGAUGCGAGCAGGGGGUUAAGGCAGAGCAGGAAGCUGCCAUCUCAGCCUCAGAGCUCUCGCUGGCUGACGGACGGGACCGGCCCCUGCGGCGCCUCGACCCUGGGAUGAUGCCGCUGCCCGACACGGCCACCGGUCUUGAGUGGUCCAGCCUGGUGAACGCAGCCAAGGCGUACGAAGUGCAAAGAGCCGUCUCACUCUUCUCCCUGAACGACCCAGCUCUGAGCCCGGACAUCCCACCUGCACACAGUCCUGUCCACAGCCACCUCAGCUUGGAGAGGGGGCCUCCAACCCCCAGGACCACCCCGACCAUGAGCGAGGAGCGCCCCCUGGAUCUGACAGGCAAGGUGUACCAGCUGGAGGUGAUGCUGAAACAGCUGCAUACGGACCUCCAGAAGGAGAAGCAGGACAAGGUAGUGCUGCAGUCGGAGGUGGCCAGCCUGCGGCAGAACAACCAGCGGCUGCAGGAGGAGUCACAGGCCGCCAGUGAGCAGCUGCGCAAGUUCGCCGAGAUCUUCUGCAGGGAGAAGAAGGAGCUCUGAGGCGGGAGGCGCUGCGCCCUCUGCCCAGCCCCUGGCUCGUUCCCUGCAGGCCGGCUGCGGGCCCUGAUCUCUCUCCCUCUCGGCUCCUGGGUGCUGGUGUGGCCAAGAUAACCCAGCAAGGGCCCU